CUUAAAGCAGGUUCAGGUUAAUAUAAAAAGAUCUUAAACAUGGAGGAAUACUGGAACUGUAGAAACUACACCGUGGAGAGUAAUAUUGGUGAAUAUCCAGGAGUAUUCAUCAUCCUCACAAUCCUCAUGAUCAUUGGUACCUUCCUCUACUGGGUUCUUCGCUGCUACUUCAACAGCAUUGAAGAUCACAGGAUGAACAUCAACAUUUUCCUCAACAAGCGGAUAACAGAGAUAAUACUGGCUACUUUAUGGACAAUAUGCCUAUCAAACAUGUGGAGCAGUGUAGUGGGACCAAUACCAUUAUUACUCUGCAAGAUUAUCAGAUACUCCACCAUCCUGGACCUGUUCCUCAUAGGAAACAUCUUUGUCUUCAUCUCCAUUUUCAGAAUCUUCAUAGUUUACAAGUAUGAUUGGAUUAUGGAGUUUGAUCAGAUGAAAAUGGAACAACGAUUCGUCGGUCUUGCAUCUCUUCUCGGAGUUCUGGUGUAUCCAGGGUUCUUGUGGGUAGACAUCAAACGUGGAACUGUUCAUAUCUUAGAAUCCUUUCAAUCCAGAUGCUCACCUACAGAGGACCAGGAUUAUGUGGCGCUAGCCAACGCAAUCAUCAUCAGCUCACUAUCUUCAUACUCUCAAACAUUAUCCUCAGAAUUGUGUUUCGAAACGAGGAGCAAGAUAAUUUCCAGGACUUUAGAUUAAAAUCCGUCACCAUUGGGAUUAUUUUUGGUUUGGGUUGUCUUGGAAUUUUUGGAGUUGUCAUUUCAUGGCCUAAUUCAGAUUAUAACAUAGAAACUAUUUAUGUUAUAAUUUUAUCCAACAUUGGUUUAUUAAUAUUGUACAUAAUUAAAGAGAAUGAGUUUACUUUCCCUUUUAUGCUAAACCUGUUUCCUUGGAGUAAUUGCAUAAAUUCUAAUCUUGUUGCUCCUCUACCUCUGGCCGUUUACCCCCUGCAGGAGUUGAACUUAAGAGAACUGCAGAAUAGGUCUUCUAACCAGGACUGCAGGGUUAUUGAUAUUGAGGACGACGGAGGAAUCUUUAUGGGCUAGAAACUAGAGUUUCGCGAAAAUUUCAAUUUUUUGCCGAAUAUUUCUCA